AUGUCGGCUUCAGGAACAAAACUGUGCAAUGCGAACACUAGACCAGUAACUUCAUGUGGUAAGCAAUCCUCAGUCAAGGGAUCGUAUGGUAAGAAUCCUGGAUGCACAACGACCUGUGGCUUGAGGCUACCGAGGAAAACAGAAGCCACAGCAGCAAGACUAGUCAAGCUUCUCAGCUGUAAACUCGUUAAAGGGUUACGUCUAGUGGUGAAGAGGAGGAAGAAAAAGAAUAUAUCGCCACCAUUGAAGACUUCUUCCACCAGUAGAUCUCAGCCUUCGGUAAUCUCUGUGGCUAAUGAUACAUGUAGAUCAGAGGCUAUAGAAGACUGCAUUCAGUUCAUAAACUCCUCCACCUCUUUCACAAGAUCAAGUUCUGUCAGUGGCCGUACAUCUUAA